UUUUAAAAACUGAUGGAAGUUCUACAUAAGUACUAUGUACUGCCUUGAUGGGAGCCAGGAGAAGCAGAAAACUAGUAACCAAGGGUUACUCUACAACUGAAACAUUUGUGGUGACUUAGAAGUUAGUUUUUCUCUUUAACCUUCUCAACUCCUGCCUCAUGCUCACCCACUUUAUCCCAGGACUUCUCUGCUAUGGGGAGUUGACUAUUGCUUGGAAUUAUAGGACGAAGUAUAAAGAAAUCUACUAUAGUCCAUAACUGAUAUAUCAAGCAUCAUCAGGUAUAAAUUUACCAAUCCAAUAAAUAAACCGUUGUGCAUGUUUGAGAAUUUGAGUUUCUAGAUCAACAAAUGAAGGAGCACAAUUAGUAUCCGUCUGUACUGUGAAAUAAUCUAAAUCUGAAAAAAAAAAUGAGAAUAAAAGGGUAGUGAGUGGGGUUAAUGUUAAGAAAUAUCUUAUCCUUACCAAUAGAUAUCUGUCGGUUCAAAAGAACAUAAUAUGUGCCUACUUGAACAGUACAUGAUAGAAAGAAAUAAACAAUAGGAAAAAAGCAAGUUGUAAUCUUGUCAGAUUAGUCACGUAUGCACAGUGGUAAAUGAAAGGCUAAAGAUAAAGACUGAGUUGAUUCUACUUCAAAAGCUGUGUCAAAGACUUCAAUAUAAUGUCCAGAGAGGGACAAAGACCAUUUAUUUCUAUUCCCCAUGUGAAUGCCAGAUUGGACUAUAAGGGUCCUUUCAAUAACUACUUGAUGUUUUCAUAGUGCCUCUGCUUGAUCACUUCUAGUUAGGGGAAAGCCCAGUGACAUACGGGAAAUAAUGAAUGGUAACUCAAGGAAGACAUUCAGUAAAUGUUAGUUGACUUACGUUCAGGUAUGACUACAGAUGGAAUCUUUUACUGGAAAUGAAGAGACAAGGUAAUUUAUAAGUCCCUGGGAUAAUAUGAUAUAAGUAUUAUCUUUCUGUACUUCUAAACACAGUCAUUUGGUUAGUUAUUACUAAUUUUGGUAUUAUGGUCCUAGUGAAUUUAAAUACACCUGAUUAUGAAUUUGAAUUGUUUUUAGCAAUAGAUCAUUAAGGGUCUUCCUGAACAGAAUCUCCAUGUUUUUAGCAUCUGGUUGUGAUCAUCUGUCAUAGCAACUUUAUCUUUAGAAGUACUGAUAAGCACGGGAAAAAGCAUCAUGUCUCCUUUCAAUACCUCUCAUCCUUCUCCUGUCACCUUCUUGCUGAUGGGCAUCCCAGGACUAGAGCACCUGCAUGUCUGGAUUGGGAUUCCCUUCUGCUCCAUGUACGUGGUGGCUGUGGUGGGGAAUGUGACCAUCCUGGCCGUGGUGAAGGCAGAGCGGAGUCUCCAUGAGCCUAUGUUCUUCUUUUUGUGCAUGCUCUCCAUCACUGACCUGGUCCUCUCCACAUCUACACUGCCUCGGAUGCUGUGUCUUUUCUGGCUUGGAGUCCAUGACAUUGCCUUUGAUGUCUGUCUAGCCCAAAUGUUCUUCAUUCAUAGUUUUACUGCUAUGGAAUCUGGCUUUUUCCUGGCCAUGGCCUUUGACCGUUAUGUGGCCAUUUGUCAUCCACUGCACCAUACUACCAUUCUCACCCAUGCACGCAUCACCAUAAUGAGUAUUAUUGUGGUGAUUAGGGGUGUAGCGUUCUUUUCACCACAUCCCAUCCUGCUCAAACAACUUCCCUACUGCAGAUCACGAAUUAUUGCCCACACCUAUUGUGAGUUCAUGGCCGUGGUGAAGCUGGCAUGUAUGGACGUAGGGGCCACCAAGAGUUAUAGCCUCAGUAUGGCUUCUAUCAUUGGCUCAUGUGAUGCAAUUCUCAUUGCUGUAUCCUAUGCCUUCAUCCUGCGCUCUGUAUUCCGCCUGCCAUCCCGAGAAGCUAGCUUUAAGGCUCUGGGCACAUGUGGGUCACAUGUCUGUGUUAUUCUUGUCUUCUAUUCCACAGCUGGUUUUUCCAUUUUCACUCACCGUUUUGGGAAAAAUGUGCCUGCACAUGUCCAUAUAUUUAUUGCAAAUAUGUACCUUUUGGUGCCCCCUUUUCUCAACCCUAUUGUAUAUGGAGUAAGGACCAAGAAAAUACGGGAACAUGUUAUUAGGACAUUAAUGGUCAAAGUUGCUUGAUUGUAGCUGAAUUAAUAAAAUAAAUGGAAAUAAAAGAAGUGAUAUAAUUAAAAUAACUAGCUGCUCUUACUCUCACAAGCAGAAUUGCAUUUACCAUGUGAAAGUUCUUUUAUUUACUAUAUGUCUGUGAAUUCCAAAAAUUCUAAUCAAACAAGUUAUUUCAGCUUUUUCAUUUAUUAAAUAUUCGAGGACAAAUUGUCAAUCUCCUUCUAACUGUAUGUCUUAUGGAGGAUAAUUACAAACAGAGAGUGAACAGUGGAAGGAGAAAAAGGAUAAGUAAACAAUAUAGAAAAAAAGAUUUCUAUAGAGAACUAAAUGAUGGACAGUUUCCCACUUGUAUUUAUGGAACAGCUCAGUGUACAACUGCAAUAAGCUUCUCUUGAUGUUUCUCUUUGUUAAUAUAUAUUUGUAUGUUGGUAAUAAAGAAAAGACCAUGAAGAUCAGUCUAUCAUCGAUCUAUAUAUCCAUGUAUCUAUGUAUCUAUCCAAUAUCACCACUUACGCUUUUUGCAUUAAGAUAAGAAUAACUAAAGGACAUUUACUGGUGGCUUUUUUAGUAUUGUGGUAAAAUAUACAUAACAUAAUAGUUGUUAUUUUAACCAUUUUUAAUUGUCCAGUUCAGUGUAAUUCAUGCAUUCACAUUGCUGUGCAGUCAUCACCACCAUUCUUCUUCAGAGAUUUUUAUCUUUCCCAUCUGAAAUCUAUCCAUUAACAUUAACUUCCCAUUCCCCACAAUCCCUGGCAACUACCAUUAUACUGUCUUUGUGAAUUUGGCUACUCUAGGUACUUCAUAUAAGUGGAAUAAUACAGUCUUGGUCUUUUUGUGACUGGCUUAUUUCACUCAACAUAAUUUCUUCAAGGUCCAUUCAUGUUGUAGAAUGCGUCAGAAUUUCCUUACCUUUUAAUGUGGAAUAAUAUUUCCAAUAAAUAUUAUAGUGGACUAUAGAUACAUAGAUAAAACAGACAUAUACCUAGAUACAGAUUCCUAUCUAUCUAUCUAUCUAUAUUUCAUUUAUCCAUUUAUCUGGGGAUGGACACUUGGGUUGCUUCCAACUUUUGCCUCCUAUGAGUAAUACUAUUGUGGAUGUAAUUAUAUAAAUAUCUGUUCUAGUCUCUGUUUUAAUUUCUUUUGGAUAAAUACCCAGAAGUGGAAUUGCUGUAUUAUAUGGUAAUUCUGUGUUUUCAUUUUUGAGCAAUAGCCAUGUCUCUUUUUGCACAGCAGCUGCAUCAUAUUACAUUCUCACUAGCAAUGCAAAAGGGUUCCAAUUUUUCAUAUCCACACCAACGAUUUUUUUUAAUUUUUUUACAUGUUUAUUUAUUUUCAAGAG